AAAUAUUUGAUGGCAUUUUCAUUAAUGAACAAUUGGAAGAUCUUGUUUGGUGACAGAUCUAAGGCAAAAAAUGACGAGCGUAUGAAAGAUUUAAACAGCUUGGAUGGGAUAAAAGUUAUCGCAAUCGAGGGUGUUAUAUUUGCACAUGUUCUACUGUGUUUUGUUUACACUUACACGGACAAUCCUGAAUAUGUGGAAGAGAUGUACGAUAAUAUUGGUUGGAAGAUAGUAUUUAACUCACCGCUGUGGAUACAAGCAUUUUUCACGAUGACUGGCUUUAUCACGGCGUAUUCGCUACUCAUAUUUACAGAGAAACGGGAGUUAUCAAUCGGGACCUGCAUGUUAGCUAUUGCACAUAGGUGGAUGAGGUUGACACCAACAUCGAUGUUUGUGAUAUGGUUCUCAAUUGCUUGGUACCCUCUCAUGGGAUCGGGGCCGCAUUGGACCUGGGUCGUUGACCGGGAAUCCCAAGAUUGCUUGGAGCGUUGGCCGUACCAUUUGAUCCAUAUACAAAAUUAUUUGCCCCUUGGAAAGUUCUGUAGUGCACAAACCUGGUACAUCGCAACGGACUUUCAGCUGCAUGUCUUUGGAAUUCUGCUCAUGUUCGUCCUCCUUCGAUUCCGCCGACUCGUAUUUCCGGUAUUGACAACGAUAUUGGUGGUUUCUGCGGCCUGGACUGCUUUCGACGUUUACUACUAUAAUCUUCUCCCUAUAAUUGCCGCACAAAGUCCUGAAGUACUUCGCACAAUAUAUAAGGAUUCCAAGAUACAAGAACUUAUAUAUCUGCCAAUGUGGAUGAACUUAGCGGGAUACGCAUGUGGCAUCGCGGUGGGGUUCAUUCAUUAUAAUAAUCAGCAAAACGGUGUAAAACUCAAUGAAAAUAAGUGGUUUAAUAUCUUCAGUCAGCUUUCGUUGAACCUGGUGAACGUGGUGAUUUUCAUCGGCAUCCCAUUCCUGGGUGACAGGACUCCGCCAUUGUGGGCUUCCGUGGUCUACGCUGCUUUCGACCGAACUAUUUUCUCGUUACUGUUCUCUAUAUUCCUCUUGGGGAUUAUUAGUAAAUGCAAAAAUCCAUUUCUGACUAUAUGCUCAUGGCGAGGAUUCCAUUUCCUCGCAAGAUUGACCUACUGCGCCUACAUUUUACAUUUCACUAUCUUACGUUUGGCCAUCGCAUAUAACACUCAACUCGGACAUACAUCCAUAUUUGGAAUGAUAUCUCUUCUUAUAUUGGGUACGGUUCUCACAUACAUUGUGAGUAUUCCGGUGUGCCUGCUCAUCGAAUUACCAAUCGCGCAGUUGUGGAAGGCGUUACUGUCCAACAUAGUAAGCUCAUCAAUCCAAGAACCUAACCAGAAGAGUUUAUCCGAGGUCAAAAGUCAGAAUGAAGUUUAGAACGAAUAUCGACUUUAAAAAAGCUGUUUUAAUUAUAGUAUUCGUUAGUUUAUAUCUUCUAAAUUGUGUUUACUUUGACGAAACUAUCAUGUACUUUAAAUCGCGC